UGCUUUCAGUGGAUUUUUUUACAAUAUAACGACGUUGUACACGAGACAAUUGGAUCAGUAUCAAUCAGCAGCGAGAUGAAGACAUCAUUAUCAAAUAUUCUGCUCAUCGCUACAGCGAGUGCUGCCCUAGUGAUUGGCUGUGAGCAUCCAACUAGUCACUACAAAACGAUGAAAUGUAAACCCAGUUGCCAAAAAUCUUCGGAUGGAUGCCCGGCCAGCUACUCUUGUCCCACUUUGAAGAACCCGGCGGCGGACAAAUGUUACUGGGCCGGGAAAGAAUAUUCCAUUGGAGAUGACAUUCCGAGCAAUGAAACGUACGGCGGAUGUAUUGCUGCUGUAAGCUGCAUAGACACUUUCGAAUCUGGAGAAGCUCGUUUUAUUUACGCUUCCAUAGAUUGUCCUGAAUUUUUCCAACGCAUCCCAGGUCACUGCAUCCGACAAUACAACCCUAGAUCUUGCUGCUCUCGCAAUGUUGUAUGCAAUGAGACCGACAUUCAACAACUUGCAACCUGUACCAUAGGUGGUAAAACCUAUAAAGAGGGACAACAGAUGGAAAUUCCCAAUCAGCCCUGUAAAUCCUGCAUUUGUGCUCCGGGAUUCGAUGAGAACCACAUUGAUGAUAAUCCUAACUGCUACGAAGCGCAAUGCUUUUUCGAAAUUUAUGAUGAAGAAAAGGUUUACGGGGGAGGUAUACCAGUUUACAGCGAAGCCAAUUUCUGUUGUCCUAUAUUCUGGAGACUGCCUGAACCAACCGAUACUGCUGUGCGGGGCAACCAAGCCUCAAGUACCAGCCAACAAUGUCAGUACGGAAACCUUACGCUAAACGUGGGAGAUUCACUGGAACCUUUUAGCGAUGCUACAGGAGUGUACUACUGUGAGUGUGCAAUCCCUCCAUUGGCACAUUGUAUCGUAGCGUUCGUUUAAAUUACGAAAUAACUUAUUU